GCCUCCGCCCUCUCUGGCCCCGCCUCCCUGACUCCGACUCGCGACUCGCGACUCCGGCCGGUGCCCCGCCCGCCGCGGUCUGCCGGCCUCCGGACGCCCCUGGCCCGACGCCCCACCAUUCCCCUACUCGGCCACUGCAGACUCCACUCUGCAACUGUGCGGCGGCCUAGCAAGCAGCACCCAGCUGGUGAGAAGUUAGCCCGGGACCACCACUGCCUGCGAGCUCCGGCGCGACCGCACCGCCGACCUCCGGCAGGUCCGCUCCUGCUUCUUCCUGCCUUCCCAAUUUAUUAAUCGCUAUAAGCGUUCCGCUCCUUCUCACCACCUUCUUGCCCCGCAGCGAUCCCCCCCCCCCCCCCCCCCCCCCCAUUUGUUCACAGGAAUGCCUCCGAGGAAAAGGGGAAAAGUGGACGGUGCGGCGUCGCCGGAUGCUGGCGGCGAUCGCAUCAGCGCGCUCCCGGACGACGCCCUCCAUCACCUCCUCUCGUUCCUGCCUGCGGAGGACGCCGUGCGGACGUGCGUGCUCGCCCGCCGCUGGCGACAUCUCUGGAAGUCCGCCACAGGUCUGCGCAUCUGGUUCGGCUAUGGGAAUGAAUUGCAGUCCGUGAAGAAGUUCCGAGAGUUCGUCAUCCAUCUGCUGCUCCUCCGCAAACGCCAUUCUUCUCUCCACACAUGCGAGCUCAGGUUACGGAACAGUGCCAGCCUUUGUACCCACUGGUUGCGUAAAGAUAGACUCGGUCUGAAUCUCUGGAUCCGCCAUAUUCUAGACUGUGAAGUCCGGACACUCAGGCUCAAAAUCCGGGACCCUUAUUUCUGUUUGCACCUGCCCCUUGUCUCUCAGCACUUGACAACGCUAGCAUUCGUCGGUCUAGGGUGGACCGACGAUCUCUGCGACUUCUCGAAUUGUCCGAAUCUGGAACAUCUAGAGUUCGAUGGGUCUACAUUUCAUGGGGUGCAGCAGAUCUCUUCAAAAUCCCUGAAAUACCUGAGCUUCAGCAAUAACUGUGAUUUUGAUUUUUAUAUGGAAUCAGACACUCUUAUUUGCACGCCAAGCCUUGUUUCACUUAGGCUAGAUAAGCAUUCCGGCUCGCCUCCUAUUCUGGAUAGCAUGCCAUCAUUAAAGGAGGCUUUUUUGAGAGAUCCUUUCAUGGGUUGUGAUGAUCAGGAUUGUUACACUUGUAUCCACGACAAGGUACAGUUCGGAUACGAAUACAACAAGUGUGUUCUUCUGCAAGGAUUGUCGGAAGCUGAGAAUUUGACGUUGAUGUCUGACUACAAAGGGGCUCAUUUUUUCAGGGAUUUGGAAUGGUGCCCAACUUUUAACAACUUGAGGACACUACUGCUAAAUGAAUGGUGUGUGGAUCCUGACUUUUAUGUGUUAAAUUGCAUUCUCAAACAUUCACCGGUUUUGGAGAAGCUCACCCUUCAUCUUUUUACUAAGGCACCUCAACAUAAACUGGAAAUGAUAGGAAGAUACAAUCAAAUGGAGAGAUCAGCUACUAUAUCAAAACACCUGAAGGAAAUCCGAGUCCAAUGUGAAGUAGUUAACAAUAAAGUUUACAAGGUUUUGAAGUUUCUGGGUACAUUUGGCAUACAUUUCCUUUUCAAGUAAGGACGAGAAAAAUUGGGAGGUUGACAGAUCUACCAUCUCUUGGCUAUCCGGAAAUAUAAGGCUUAAGCAGUGACAUUGUACCAUUUUGUCUAUGAAUGUUUUUGUUCUGUCAAUUCUAGUUAUCUGGAUGGUCUUGACAUAGUUGUCUGUUUCAUCAACGUUUCUGGGCUAGUCUCAUCUGUAACUAUUCACAAUUUCCAGAGGAAUUGUACCAUUUUGGAAAAAAAAUCAGCAUGUUUAAACCAA